AUGUUCUGCAAACUGCAAAUAUUUAUGCAGAAGGCAAUGAAGUUCUAUCAUUGCCAGUCAAUUGAAGAGGUGGAGGAAUCAUUCACUCCAUGGCAGAUUGAGCUACAAGUAGCACAUCGACUGAACGACUUGAAAGAAAACAAGAUCCGCUUUAAACUCGACGAAUGGUUAUCCAAUCCCGUUAUCUCCCCCAUUUCAAAGAAGUUGUUUUUCUUGACGGCGUGCAUCAAUCACCUGUUCAAGAAUGUCAGGCGUUCAAUUCGAUCAGGGAAGUGGCAACUUCAGCAUAAAGUUUACAGUGAUAUCGCCAAGAAGAAUCCUUCGUUGAUGACUCACAUGGAGGUCGAAGGGACGGCUGAUCCACAGUCGAUGAAUAUCAUGCUGGAGAUGUUCAAUGACAAGGCCAUCAGUCUGCUGGAGGCAGAGUGGCAUGAAGCGACAUCAUGA